AUGCCACCAGGUUUUCUGCUCCCUGAGCACGUCAAGCAAGAGGUGAAAGCUGAAACCACCGACGUGCCCAUCAAGCGCGAGCCUGGCACCGAAGACCAUGAAGAGCACCAGAUCAAGACCGAAGAGCGCGAUAUCAAGCAAGAAAUCAAGACCGAGGAACAAGAGAUCAAGCAAGAAGAAGCAGUCUUCGAGCAUCUCGUCAUGACCUACCGCCUUUACGGCUCUACCCCUGACGAAGAUGGCUAUACCAUCAGUUGUCGUCUUUGCGGUCACAUCUGCAAGGAUAGAAGGGAGUUGUGGGCUCAUUGGCCUGUUCAUGUGGGUGUUGACACUACAAAGUGCAUUGUCUGCAAUGUGCGCUGCUCCAAUAUGGAGAUGGCCAAGCGGCAUGUUACUCAUGGCAGACAUCUAAACAAGAUGCGCAGACUGGGAAUCGGUGGUGAGGAGCCCGCUAGAGGGUCUUGA